AUGCAUGAGCAGUUACUUGCAUUCAAUGUUAAUGAAUUGUUUAUGAAUUUUAAUCACAAUGAUUGUGAUAAUGAUACAAAUAAUGAUGCUGUCGCCGCUGAUGAUGAUUGCAAUAAUAAUGAUGUUUUUUUCUCAUAUUUGCCCUCCAGCACCACCACAUCAUCUUCCAGUAAUUCUUCCUUAAAAUCACUUAAACCAAAACCCUCAAGCCAAACGCCCACAACUUCCAUUAUAAAACAACCACAACUGCAACAACAACAACAGAAACAACAUCAUAAACUUCAUCAUACCACGACGACAACAACAACUACAACAACCGCCUCUAGUGCCAUCAAUAAAUCUUUUAACUCCUCUACAAACACUAAAGAAAAAUUCAAAUCAAAACAAUUACUUAAAGCCACCUCUAAAGUGAAAAAGAAAACCAAACAAUUGACUUUUGACAAUACACCCUUGUGUUUGUUGCAACCACACACUACCACCCCGCCUCCGGUCUCUACAACUGCAUAUCCCAAGUCCGCCUUUAAUCUACGCAAAUAUUCAUUACCCACAAAUCUACCGCAACCUUUACAAAACUCACCUCUAGCCGCCAACACUCAUAAUAAAUCUAGCACAGCGGCUUUGAAAACCGAUGCAACUUUACACACUUUACCCUAUCCACCCUCGUAUGUCUUAAGUCAAAAUUCAAAAGUGAAAAAAACCAAAACCACCAAACGUCUAACGAAAUUCUUAAGGGCGGCCUCCUCCUCAAAUUCACCACACUCAAAAGGCAGACGUAAAUCGUCGGCCGCCUCAAUUGUAGAAACCGCAUUAGCAGCUGCCGGUGUUACCGUCAAUCUAACCAACGCCUCAGCCUCUUCAGCUUCGGCUACCGAGCUAUUGGCCCAGGAUUUGUAUACUAAGACUCCAACACCCGCUUCAAAUUGUGAUUUAAGUUCGACCCUCAAUUGUGGCGCUAACGAGUCUGUAGCCGGCGAAUCUGGAGCUGCUGCCGGUGAAGAGGGUGAAGAAUCGACGUGGUGUGGUGGUGGUGGUGUUAAUUUUCUAGUGUAUAUGGUUUGUUCAUUUUGCUGUUGUUGUUAUAAUUUUCGUAAUUCACCCACAAGAUCUCGCUCAACUGCCGGCUCAUUGCUAGAGUACUUAGUAUCCGUUACCGUCAAUCUAACCGACGCCUCAACCUCUUCAGCUUCGGCUACCGAACUAUUGGCUCAAGAUCUGUAUACUAAUACUCCAAAUUAUGAUUUAAGUUCGACCCUUAACUGUGGCGCUAACGAGUCUGUAGCUGGCGAAUCUCGCUCAACUGCUUUAAUACUUAAUAUCUAA